UAAACUUGUUUUUUUUUCUAAAAAAGGAGUCAUAGCCGCCGCCGAGAGCCCCUCUGUCCUCAACUGCGCCCUCCACCGCCGAUCCCCUCCGCCGAUGUGGCGACCCCCACUGAGAUCGAUGUUGCCGGUGCAUCGAGAUCGACCUCGCCUCCGUCCACACGGAUCUGGUGUGUGUGGUCAACCCAUGCCAUCGCGCUCCUCUUCUUCGCGACCCUCCACGCGGACGAGCAUGGUCGGGCUCCCCACCACGUCUCCUACCACACCGACGGCGAGCGCGGUGCCUGCUCCCCACUACGCUAAUACAUCAUGUUGCCCAGAUCUGUCAUGGUGGAAACGCAAUGCAGAUUUUCCCUCCCUCCCACCGAAUUACUACCGGGCUCCAAGUCUUUCUUAUUGAUUCAUCUUUAUUUUGCUUCCAAAUUGAUGCAGACACUAUCAAUGAAAGGAUUGGGGACUGUUUCUAGCAGUGUUAGGAGUUAAUAGCAGCUGAGCAAAGGCUACAAUAUGCUCGGAGGAGAAGUUUGAAUGGAGGCAGAGAGUACACUUAAAUACAUGCAGCCGCAACCCCCCAAGUGUCGGCGUCCUGGGAUUGGGGGUACCCAGACUUGCCUGCCUGCGGCCCACGGCGUGGCUCCAUCGACGGCCUGGUAUGGCCCAGCUUCAACACCAACAGCUCAAGACCCUCACGAGGGGCCAAGCCUCGCGAGGCAGACGACACCAAGACCUCCUCUUGGGACGGCCUUCCCCGGCUGGCUCCCAAGGAGCGGAGAUAUCUAUGCAAGGUGCACCUCGCGAGGAUCGGAUGACAUGAGCCGUGAUGACCAAGGCCAGGCGGGCGCCAGCGGGCGCAGUGUACCGGUUUCCUAUUUGGUGCUACGGAGGCAAGCGCAGGCGCGGAGUUCCGAGGAAUUAAGCAAAGGUUUUCAUUUUGGUGCAACAAGACCAAUACCGCCAGGACGGCAGAGGUCAUCAUUGAGCCCACUACGGCGUCAUGACUAGAAGCUUUUGGCAGGCGAAGAUUAAUUUUGUCAGGAUAGCAUGUACCAGUUGUCUCCCUUCAAAUUUGGCUGUUGCGGGAUCCCAUCCCGCCUUGCAUUUGGGAAGAGGACCAAACCCACUAUAAAUAGGACUUAGCCACCACCAUAGCAGGGGAGGGAUCAUUCAGAUCAUCCUCUCACCCACGAGCUCAUCGACCAUAAGAACACCUCUCCUCCUGAGGCUGUUCUACACUGUACUAGUUCAUCCUCCGCACCUCGAGGCCAAUCCACCACAAAGCAGGAGUAGUGUUUUACACCGCAAGGUGUCCUGAACCUGGGUAAACUGCUGUGUCUUUUGUUCAUCCAGUUCGUCGAUCUAGGCCAUGGGAUUAGCGGGCGGGCAGACUCGGGAGGACGAGUUCUUCGCACGCACCCUAGAGUUGAAACCUCUCAAGGGUCUGCGGAACCCUAAAUCCGACAUUUGGCACGCCAGUUAGGGGUGCAUCGGAGCCUCUCUUCCGCUGGUCGACUUGCCAUCGCUCCACCGCUUCCAUGCCUGACGCCCGUCGAGCCCGUGCUGAGCGUCGGGCCGCCCUCGCCGCUCGCGUCGCCCAGACGGCGCCUGCCGGUGGGCCUCCCCAUCGUUCUCCGUCGCUUGCCGCCAACGCCACCACUGACUCGGCGGGGCACUAGCAGCAAGCUUCGUCGCUGCAACCCUCCGUGCGGCAUGAUGGACGCACGGCCACCCCGUCGCUGACUCCGGCUGGUUCGACGUCUCAUGCUCAUCGCGCGCCGGCGGACGCGCAUGCUGCGCUGCUCAUGGAGCGCAGACUCUUGCGCUACCGCCCCGUUGAUGACUUCUACAAAGACUGGCUGGACCGCAUCGCCGAGCUAGUCAGUGCUGUUGGGGGCUCUCCUGCCCCGUCUCUCUCGUUGCCUUGCCCGCCGCCUGCUGCGGGUGACGUAGCUCAUGGAGCACCUCCUCCACCUCCCCGUCAAGACGUCUUCCUCAGGCCAAGGUGCGCGGCCCCAUGGCGUGACCGGCCGCGCAGGGCGCCUGCCGCCUGCUGUGUUCGCCUCAAGAUCCCCAAGGUUUCGGACGAGGCCAUCAUCUUAGCGUUUUCUGAUGGCGUCCGCGACGUCAAGAUGAAGGCAGAACUCGCCAUACACGAGGAGCUGUGCACGGCUCUGGAGAUGUUCAACAUGGCAACUAAGUGCGCAAGAGCUGAGGAGGGUCGCCUCUCCCUCCAGGAGCUCUCGGGGACAGACCUAGAAGACAAGAAGGCCAAGCUCAAGGACGUGAAGCGCAAGGGGCUGGCUGUGCUUGCGGCCGAGCCAGAGAUGAAGCGCGACUGCGACCAUCCAGAGUCAUCCAAGGGCAGCCGCCCAUUCUCAGUCUUCCAAAACAUGCACAACCACAACACCAAUGACUGUCAGGAGCUCAGGGCCGUCCACGACGGGCGCCUCAGUCGUCGCCCCGAGCGCAACGACCGAGGCCAUGGCUGCGGAGGAGGCCGAGGAGGAGGACGCUGGGAUGACCGCGGCCCUUGUCAGGAGUGGUGCGAUCAGCCUCGUGAGGAGCGCUGGCAAGCCCAGCCUCAUGAGGGCGCCUGGAGAGAUCAGCCUCGUGAGGAUCGUCCUCAGGGUAAUGCCGGCCUCCCUUCGCUGUCACCACCACCAAGAAGGAAUGACGACCACCACCAGGACAAGGGGGCUGGGGGCUUCUAGGAGCCUCGCGCCAUCGCCUGCAUCCUGGGCGGUGCACAGGCCCCAGCCUCUCAUCGCAUCUUCAAGCAGUUUGCCCGCGAAGUGAACGCAGUCCUCCCCAGGCACGAGGCCAUGCGACCGCUCAGGUCAUCCAAGUGCACCAUCACCUUCAGCUCAACCGACCAACUCAAGUGCGCGGCAACUUCUGGUGCCCUCCCGAUGCUCUGCUCGCCCGUCAUCAGCAACGUCCUCGUCACUAAGACUCUCAUCGAUGGCGGUGCGGGGCUCAACGUUCUUUCCAUUGAGACGUUCGACCACCUCCAAGUACCCUAUGACCAGCUGCAGCCCACCAAGCCUUUCUCAGGAUUAACCGACGGCUCCACCACCCCGAUAGGGCAGAUCUGCCUCCCUGUCACCUUCGGCAAGCGCGACAACUACCGCACUGAGCUCAUCGACUUCGACGUCGCCCACAUCCGCCUUGCAUACAACGCCAUCCUUGGGUAUCCAGCCCUUGCCAAGUUCAUGGUAGUGGCUCAUCACGGUUACAAUAUCCUCAAGAUGCCAGGGAACCGCGACAUCAUCACAAUUGCCUGCGAGGAAAAGGACCCAGUGUGCGCUCUCGAGCGUGCCUACCAGGCUACGGCAGUCGAGAACCCCGACGAUGAAGGCACCGUCUACCCUCCUGAGGCUGUCCCCAUGAAGAAGAAGCAGCUGCUCCACCAAGGGCCUCAGGAGAAUGGCAUCUCCAGCGGCACCACCUCAGGACCUGCGCCCACAGAUGGGGCGCCUCCCUCUCUCGCAUAGGAAGGCGCGCCCGGCGCCCCUCUCAGACUGGGCACGGGGGCUCUUCUCUGGAGGGCCUUUGACUUAGCCAACAUCAUGAUGGAGGCGCGCGCUUCCACCGGAGAGCACGAGGAACGAAGCACUAGCCGUGCUCAGGAGUUCAUCACGAAGGCAACCAAGGAGCUUCAAGAGGCGAGAGCCAUGUGCGGCGAUCGCCGCGCACCAUCCGGCACGGCUCCUUGUGCUGGCGAGGACAGUGAGCUGCAUGCCUGCGUCAACAUCCCUGGGCUCAACUGGGCCGCAUCUCAGGAGCGCUUCUGGCCAUCGCGAUGGUCGGUGCGAGGGCCCCCCUCACAGGUACGUUCGCAUGCCUAUUAGCCUACCGAAUGCGGUUGUUACCUUCUAGCCCGCAUGCGGAGCGUCCUGGUGGCUCACGAGGCCAGGCACCAGGUGGUCCUGGUGGAGAUGGCGACGGUCCUUCACGAGCCUGCCGGGCCUCCAGAGCCUCCUGAGGUUCAAGGCCAAGGUGGCUCGUGAGGAGCGAAUUCUUCAGCACGCGUCUUGAGCUAUGCCAACAUCUCUUCAGCAACGGUGCCAGGUGACAUUUUCUGGUUUACUCAGUUGGGGGUGCCCCUCGGGCUGCAUCAUUCCCAGGCCACGGGGGUCCGUCCCUGUGGCAUGUAUCAUUUUGCAUCUAUCGGAACUAGCUCUGCCCUAUCCAUGCCAUGAUUUAUGUUAUCACCCACUCGCCUAUUGUAUGGCCCUUUACGGUCUCCCGCAUUGCUGACCGCCCUCUUAUCCAUCCCACGACGAGGGCUCACAUGCUAGCACAACGUUUGUGCUCGGGUCCGUCGCUGCAACCCUGACGAAUCUAAGAGACCGAGCUCUGGCUCGCGGCCUCCCCGUGCACGUCACCUCACUAGGUCCUCAGUGCCUUCAUCUUCUCGCAGAAAGAUCAGCGGCAGGAGAACAUGCGGGCUUACGGGCUACGCUCUCUUCUCGGACUAACCCGUAGGAAUCCCUGGAGUUCGGUGGCAGGCGGCCCCGCCGGCCAUCCCUUUUCCACGCAAUUCGCUUGCACGUUAAAGGGGGGGACCCUUGAGCAUCGUGCCUUAUGAGCCCCUACUAACUCUCCAGCCCUCACCCCCUGGCCUUGACCACGGCAUCGUGACCUGGCAUACCAGCGGCGGCUGAGCCUCGCUCGAGGGUCGGAACCCGAGGACGUAGAGCACUCAGAUGAGCAUGGGAACGGGAGGCCAGCUUAAUCCCUGCCUGGAAGCAUCACCACUAAGGCACAACCAGGCGCUAUGCAAAGGAAUCACCGCGGGUUCAUUAAGUUAAGUCACCUAUACAUGUCAGCGUGAGGCCGCUGUCUGGGAUUUCGACAGUCGCAAUCUCGCUUGGGCAACACCGCCUUCCUUUUCGCCCCCUCGGAAGUUGGUUGCACGCCAAAGGGGACCUCUUGAGCAUCGCACCUCAGGAGCUCUCACUUGAUCUCGGGCCGCUCACCUCCUGGCCUUGACCACGGCAUCGCGACCUGGGAUACCAGCGACGGCUGAAGCCCGCCUGGAGAUUAGGACAUGUCGGUGUAGAGCGCAAAGCUACUGCGGGAACGAAAAGGCGGGACAAUGCCGUAGCAAGAAUGUGCAGCCGCAAGCUCAUACUAGGAAUAAUA